AUGAAAUUAUCAAACAGAUCUUCAUAAUUAACUGUUUUUUAAAGUGAAAUCUACUCUAGAUUCCUUGAUAUGCAUGAAGAAUUAUCUAAAUCUUCUAAAAAUAUCAACAAUCUAAUUAAUCAUAGUUUAAGAUAAUUAGCAAGCAUGAAAGAGGAGGCCAGAUUUAGUUUUUCUGGCAAUUCUUUAAAUCAAUAAGAACUUAACUCUUUUGAAGAAAUGGUAAUCUAAGAAGACUUGGAUUUAGAAACAUAGCCUUCAAAUAAUGAAAAAGAACUAAUUUUAGAAAAUAAAAUUAAGAUCUAUGAAUCUUCUCUUAUUAAAUUUGAAUAAGAAUACUUGUAAAAAGAUCAAGAAAUUAAUAGACUUAAGAAAUUGUAAAAAAUCCUAUCAAUAACAAUAGAUUGAACGAUUAAAAUCUAUAAUAAACUAUGUAGAAUCCAGAUGAAAUUUAUUAAGAAUAGAAUGUUAUUAGAUAGAAACUAUAAAUUCUUGAUGGCUAGUUGGAUUAUUUAUAAGAAAAAAAGAAUUUUCGUAAGAAAAUGAAAGAAUGGGAAAACAUUAUCAAGGAAUAAUCAGAUAUUAUAAAUUCCCAGAAACUGGAAAUUAAUCGAUUAAAACAUAUUAAUUAAUACUUACAUAAAUCUAUUGAAAAAUUAUAAACAUUAUGA